GGCCCAGUCUGACCCCCACCCCCCGUUUCCCACCCUAUAUUAGAGCCCUAGGCUAUGUAUCUCUUUCUUAUCGCCUCAAAACUCACGAUGAUCCGGCUGCUGAGUUUUCUCCUAUUUGUGGCCCUUGCCUCAGGCUGUGGCCAACCUUCCUACCACCCCUCCACCCGAGUUGUCAAUGGUGAGGACGCGGUCCCCUACAGCUGGCCUUGGCAGGUCUCCCUGCAGUAUGAAAAGAACGGAGCCUACAGCCACACCUGUGGAGGCAGCCUCAUCGCCCCUGACUGGGUCGUAACUGCAGGCCACUGUGUCUCGAGCUCCCGGACCUACCAGGUUGUUCUGGGCGAGUAUGACCGGGGAGAGGAAGAGGGCCCCGAACAGGUGAUCCCCAUCAAUGCUGGGGACCUCUUCGUGCACCCACUCUGGAACUCCAACUGCGUGGCCUGUGGCAAUGACAUCGCCCUCAUCAAGCUCUCACGCAGCGCCCAGUUGGGAGACAAGGUCCAGCUCGCCUGCCUCCCUCCCGCCGGUGACAUCUUGCCCAAUGAGACACCCUGCUACAUCAGCGGCUGGGGCCGUCUCUACACUGGUGGGCCGCUCCCGGACAAGCUGCAGCAGGCCCUGCUGCCCGUGGUGGACUACAAGCACUGCUCACAGUGGGACUGGUGGGGCAGCACCGUGAAGACCACCAUGGUGUGCGCCGGCGGGGACACUCGUUCCGGGUGCAAUGGUGACUCUGGAGGACCCCUCAACUGCCCCGCAGAGGACGGCUCCUGGCAGGUCCACGGCGUAACCAGCUUCGUUUCUGCCUUUGGCUGCAACACCCUCAAGAAGCCCACGGUGUUCACACGGAUCUCAGCCUUCAUUGACUGGAUUGAGGAGACCAUUGCAAGCCACUAGAAUCAAGGCCUGGGUGGCAGUGCCCAUCCACAUUCUUUGUAAAAAAUAAAGAUCUCAGAAAAUU